CUUCCGUGUCCAGUCAGGUGGAUCUCCUUUGCCGCGCGCACGGAAGAACUUCGGGGCGCGCCAAAAUAUUACAGAUUCUCUGCAAAUAUCAACAGCUCCAUCUCUCCAGUCCAGACUUGUCUCCGUUGCCCGCAGAUUCGUCAUAAGCCCAAACCGGCAUUCUCUUCUCUCUCGUUUUUACUUUACAUGGAUUCAUAGAUGCAUAAGCCGCCACCAUGGCACCACCCUCCUUAUUUCGCCGGUCUACGAGGCCCAACCUUUAUGUUUGCGCCAGCUGCGCCCUACGAGCUUCGACUUCGCCCACUACGAUAUCUAGGCGAUGGAUUGGCAUGAAAUAUCUUGCGAAGUUGGCGAAUGCUGAGGCACAAUGGCAGGAGAAGGCCGCCAAGAUUGAAGCUGGGAAACAAAAGAGUAUGCUCACAAUUCUUGAGGAAAGAGGUUUAGUCAAUUCAAUCACGGGGGACCGUGAUGCUCUUGACAAGUACUUGACGAAGAAACGAGUCGGCGCCUACGUCGGAGUCGAUCCCACGGCUGCGUCACUGCAUGUCGGCCACCUGCUCCCCCUGAUGUCGCUGUUCUGGAUGUACGUGCAUGGGUAUCACACAGUAUCACUACUUGGCGGAGCAACUGCGAAGAUUGGCGAUCCCACGGAUCGCUUGACGACAAGGACAUUGGAGCCCGGCUCUGUGCGAACAGCAAAUAUGGCGAGGAUGCACUUCCAACUGAAGAAAUUAUGGGCAAAUGUCGAACAAUACGGGAUGAAAUACGACUAUAAGUGGGAAUGGUCGUGGCAUAGAGAGUUGGUGAACAACAAUGCCUGGUGGAACAAGCUACCAAUGCUGGAGGUGUUGCAAGUCCUUGGGCCAGGAAUGCGACUUGGUUCUAUGCUGGCUCGAGAUACGGUAAAAAACAAGAUGAGCAAAGGAGAUGGAAUGUCAUUUGCUGAAUUUUCCUAUCCUCUUAUGCAGGCUUGGGACUGGUGGUACAUGUUCCAUUCAAAAGGCAUCAAUAUGCAGAUUGGCGGCUCGGAUCAAUAUGGCAAUAUCACGGCCGGGAUCGAUGCGAUCAAGCACAUAACAGCACAUCAUCCAAAUCCCGUCGUCCGAAAUGAAGCUGCAGCUGUUGGGCAGCCUUGGGGUUUUACGACUCCCCUCCUCACAACCGCAUCUGGCCAGAAGUUUGGCAAAAGCGCUGGUAAUGCGGUGUGGCUGGACAUCGAAGAAAUGAGUUCCUAUGACCUGUAUGGUUUCUUUCUGCGAACACCGGACGCAGAUGUGAGCAAGUAUCUAAAGCUAUUCACCUUCAUGCCUAUCGAGCAAAUCGAUACCCUGGUCAAUGAGCAUAUGGAAUCGCCAUCUCAACGGAAAGCACAGCACAAGCUCGCCCGUGAGUUUGUAGAACUUGUUCAUGGUCCUCACGAAGCCAAAGAAUCUGAAACUCAGCAUCGUCUGCUUCACAACAGCGGUGGCUCAAAUGCAGAGUCGGAUCCGGAUGCAAAGGCUGGCAUUACCACCAUGAACAAUAAGCCAAAGGUCAACAUUCAACUACCUCGAAGCUUAAUUUAUCAAAAGAGCAUUGGCAAAAUCCUCCAUGCCGCAGGCAUUGCUGACUCGGCUUCUCAUGGGCAUCGGCUUGUGAAUGUUGCUGGAGCGUAUAUCGGCGGUCCCUCCAGCGCUAAGAAAGUCCCCAUGAAUGACGGAAAUGUGUCGUGGAUAACUAUCAAGAAUUGGCAACCAGAAGAGACAAAACUUUACCUGAUUCACAACGACCUCUUGCUGUUCCGGAAGGGAAAGAACCACAUUAGGGUUGUUCAAGUUGUGUCUGAUGAAGAAUAUGCGCUGUCUGGGCAGGAGUAUCCUGGAAUGCUUAAGACAUGGAGAAAUGGGAUUUUAGGCGCUAUUAGGGUCAAGGAAUCGGCAACAAAUGCCGAAAAGGAAGCCAUCGAGCGCAUCCUCGGAGAAGAUGGGCUUCUUGGAAGCAACAAGCCUGUUGAGAGCGAUACAGCAGAGCCUUUAGAGCCUCGGCCGGAAGUGAAAAAAGAAGAGUCAAGUGGAUCAGUAUGAUUUGGAACAUGAGUAAAAUCUAGCGGCAGGUAAACAUGCCGCGCUAUGUGUGCUCUUUUCCAUACUUCGGAAUUUGAGGUUGUGGCUCGAAGGAGAUCCAAGAGAGCCACUGCUCUCCCCUCCAAUGUGUAACAUAUCUUGUACAGUACAUCAUGUAGCCAUAUAUCACCGCGUACCGCCACAGCCAAUCGCUGUCGUCGAACAGUAGCAAAUUUCAUCAGAAACCAUAGCAGUUUCGGCACCUCCUAGCU